UUCGACCGAGGUCGCUUCGUGCCUGAACGCUCUUUUCGGCAUCUUUUGUGUGCUUUUGUGAUGGGGGUGUGUGUGUGUGUGUCCCUUGCUGCUUCCCAGCACAUCCUGCUUUUGGCCCCAGUAGCCAGGCCUUGGCCAAAGUGGGCUUGGGGUUUCCCAGGUGAUGGAGACCGGCAUCUCAUGUCCCUGCCAGGUGUGAGCUGACCCGUGGGCGCAAUAAAAAUGGUCAAAUUACAUGUCUAAUCGGAGCAAAUAGUUUUCCAGAUGACUUAGGACCAGGAUCUUCAGGGGCAGGUUAAAAGCGAAGCUGGCUGUUGCUAACGAACCAGGACUGCAAACCGACAGCGAGUUAAACUUGCUAGAAAGGAAUGUGUAGUACCGGGCUGGCUGAUCUACCUGACUGAGAGCAUAUUUAGGGGCCGUGCUCUCUUUCGCUUGCCAUGACUCCUGCCAAGCAUGGUGCCAGAUCAUCAACGUCUCUGAAUCACGCUCUUCUCUCCUCACCUCGAUGGACGGGACUCUCAAUGAAACGAACUGGAGCAUUUCCACCUCUGCUGGAAGCAAGUAUCGCCUCUACGUUGGCUUGGCUUUGGCGAUAAGUUCCAGUAUCUUUAUUGGUUCUAGUUUCAUACUGAAGAAGAAAGGACUUUUGAAACUGGCAGAGAAAGGAGUGCCCCGAGCUGGACAGGGUGGAUAUUCUUAUUUGAAGGAAUGGCUGUGGUGGGCUGGAUUGCUUUCAAUGGGAUUAGGAGAAGCUGCAAACUUUGCUGCUUACGCCUUUGCACCUGCAACCUUAGUUACCCCCUUGGGUGCACUGAGUGUUCUCAUAAGUGCUAUAUUGUCAUCCUAUUUUUUAAAUGAGAAGCUGAAUAUUCAUGGGAAGCUGGGCUGUGUACUAAGCAUUUUGGGGUCAACCGUCAUGGUUAUUCACGCCCCUGAGGAGGAGGAGGUCACCUCGCUGGACGAGAUGGAAAGCAAGCUGCAAGAUCCAGUGUUUGUUACGUUUGCGGUCCUCCUAACAGUUGUUGCCCUCGUGCUGAUUUUUAUCGUGGCUCCAAGGAAAGGUCAGACAAAUAUACUGAUCUACAUUUUAAUUUGCUCACUCAUUGGUGCCUUCUCUGUCUCAUCUGUGAAAGGCCUGGGCAUUGCCAUUAAAGAAUUGCUGCAGUGGAAGCCAGUUUAUCGACGUCCAUUGGUUUACGUUUUGGUGGGCAUCUUGGUGCUCUCAGUCAGCACUCAGAUCAACUAUCUCAACAAAGCCUUGGACGUGUUCAAUACAUCUCUAGUGACACCUAUUUAUUACGUGUGUUUCACCACGACAGUUGUGACGUGCUCCAUCAUCCUAUUCAAGGAGUGGAGUAGUAUGGACCUGGGUGAUAUCAUUGGAACCCUGAGUGGAUUCUGCAGUAUCAUCAUAGGCAUUUUUCUAUUGCACGCUUUCAAAAAUACUGAUAUCACCUGGCGCCAGCUGAUGUCUGCUGUUGCCAAAGAACCAUCAUUACCACACCGUGAAUGCGAAACCUGUCACACUUUACUGGAGAGCAUGGAAGACCCAGCUUUGGCAUACGAGGAGGAGAAUGUUGCAUUCAGUUAAUGAAACUCUAAAGUGUUGUUCAUCAUCGAAGCGUCAUGAAUUGCAGACGCAGCCCACCUGUGUCUACCAGAAUGCUGCUCUUUUCUGCAAUCCUCUGGACAACUGUCUGUAAGGCCAGUUAAGCGUGGGCCACUUCUCUGUGCCAGCUGUUGGUAGUAAUGAAUGAAAAUGCUCAGUAAUUAACAUGAGGGACGGAAACCUGGUGGUGAUUGUAUGUCAGGCAAUGAACAACCUUGUCCUUUUUUGGUUUUUUUAUGCAGCAUCUCCUAUUGGAGAAUUUUGGGAGAAAAUAUUGGCCUUUGUAAGCUAUAUUUACAAAGGACCAUUUUGCCAUCGUGAUAAAAGGUAAUCCUUACUGAAGUGACAAGCGCUCUGCUCUUAUCUUCGUGAUGGCCUUAGUAUUUCAGGCUUUCUUUAUAUUUUUAUAGUUUAUUGCCAAGCAAACUUGUAGAUAGUCUACCUGAAGGAUGUUCAUGGGAGAUAUAAUAUGAAGAAAAUAUUGUUUAAUGCGCUUAGCUUUCAAUAUAAAAUUUUAUGCAAGUUUUUUUUCAUUUUUCAUGACCCACUAAUGAAUCUCAAAGCCAACAAAAAAUUGUAGUUCUUGGUAGCCAUUCUCCUUCAAAAUUCACUUUUUAACAGCAAAGUCUUAGCUUUUCUACCUUAGGAGUUCUGAAUGGAUUGCAAAUCCCCAGAUGUGCAUGUACCUCUUUAUUUCAAAAUUAUCACCAAGUUACAUUUUAAGGAAGAGCACAUUCAUUAGAGGCCUGAACACUGUUGCUGUUCGCUUAAAAAAAUUGCAUAAAAUAAAAGAAUAAAUUAUUUGAAGUCAGAAAAAACCUGAAAUGUGCAUUUAAGAAUUUCCACUCUGUUUUAUACUACUUUGAGGCUUAAGAAGGGACUUUACUUAUUUCCAUACUUUUUCCUAAUAUUGACAUCUGUUCAUCAAAAGCCAUUUAGGCUUUUCAAAAUUUUUUCCUCGUUUUCCAGAAAGAUAUCAGUGUUUUUUAAUAGCAAAACAGUCCUGUUAUUUUAUAUUCCGUUAUAAAACCAAAAUCCAUUUUCCAAUCUAUGCGCUAUUUCUAAUGCCAGGUGAAGGAAGGGCUGUAAACAAGGGGUGAGAAACUUCAAAACAUCUUUUGUUGUAGUUUCGCCUUUUCAUCUUUUCUAAAAAUGAGUGUUUACCUCUAUUAGAUGUUUUAGCUAUUAAUCUACCAUAGGCCUGCAGAUUAGUAUCUGUACCACAGCGCGCUCGUCAGUUGUGGUCACUGAUCUUUAUCUCCCCAAAACAGCUUGCGCAGUCCAUGGUUUACUCAUUACAAUGCCCUUUGCUGGCACUUUGUGAGCAAGAAUGUACCUUCGGCAAUCAGAUGUGCGGGUCAUGACGAGCUCAUCAGAAAGGUAGUAUUUCCGAUUCUUGGGUUUUUAAAGCGUGAGUCCAGAACCUUUGCCAGAGGACGCUGGCAUGUCAGCUAUUAAAAUUUGAUUUUAAUCAGCUGAGAUUUAUGUGCCAAGCAGAACCUCCUCAUGAAGCAGGCUGUAUAUUCUCUGAUGUGCAACGGGUGUAGUAAAAGUAGACACUUUGUAGUGUCUUGAUAGCGAAUUGUUCAGCGAAAGAAAGAUCAUAAUUUAGCUGUAAGAACAAAAGUGCUGCUACUAAUAUUUCUUAUGUUUGUGUGGUGCAAAGUUUAAGUAUUUCCUUUUUGAAAGUUGUUCAUGAAACAUCUGGCUUGUUAAUGAUUUUUAACGAUAGCUUUAGAAGCUGUCAAAAACUAGACAGUAACACUAGGGAUACUGGCUUACAGUUAUUUGUAAAUGGCAAGCACCUUUUUUUUCAUUUGGAUAGGUUUGUUGUUGGCAUACCUACGGGAGGAGGUUGAAAUUGUAUCAAUCACUUGCACCUUAUUUCUAAACCCUCAUUUUUACAGCGAAGAGCAUAUCUAAAAAAUGUGAUACGGAAAAGUUUGUCUGGUUCUUCUGCUCACAGUACUCUAUAAAAUAUUGCAGGUAAUCUUGCCAAUGUAAAGAGAAGCCCAGAAGAUGUCAUUAGGCAAUUGAUAUUUAGGUUGUCACCUGUGAUUACCCAGUUUGAGAAGGACAUUCAAUAGUGCUGGAGGUGGCAGCACCGUUACCCCAGCAAAAGAGACAUUUUCACAGAACUUGAAAAUAUUUGUACUUUCCUUGAAAUGACAAGUACUUGCCUUGAAAAUAUAAUGACAAUGUACAGCUUUGGAAUGUUUUUCCGCUUUCCAAGUGAUGAGACUUGCAGCAAUUCUUUGCUGUUAAAAUGCAUGUAUUAGAAAUGCUUCAAAGAAGAAAAUAUAUAAACAGAGUUCCAUUACUACUUAAGUAAUGUUGAGAAUACUUCGGCUUUAUCAGCCAAAUUCAAGCCACAAAAUCUUUAUAGUUAAAAGCAGGUAAUACAAAUAAUAGAAAGACUAAAGUUGGAGUUUUCUUUACAGUUUGCCUUUUAACAAAAACUUGCAUUGCUUUGCACUGUGAAUUACUCAUACAACUUAAAGAAUAACUGAAGAAAAUAUUGAUUGACCCUGAAGAGAGAAAAAGAGAUCCCUUUGCAUAGCUGGUAGCCCCUGUAUUUACUUGUACAGUCAUCACUGGUGUCACCAAAUGGGUUAUUUAUAUGAAAAAGCAACCAGUCCAAUCCUGGAAUGGAUGUGCGUAGGCGUGUUUUUAGGAUAAGUAGUAAUACUUUCUUUAAGAAGGGUCUGGGCUCUUUUUAUACCAACUCCUGACAGUCAAUUCACUUAUACCGAGCAAAAAUUCUGCAUUUUCUACCAGACCUGCGUAUCUGCUUUUAUACGUAAGUAACUUCUACUAGGAAAAUGUUAUUUUCUUACAAUUCAGAAAACCAAAGUUAAUGCUUAUUUUCAUGGUGUACAGGAAGUCUAUCAUGUUAAGAAGUAACUUAUUAUCUUUUUGUAUAAAACUGUUUUGCUAUAAGAGAUGUUAUUUUUGAAAA